AUGUUGGAGGCCGGAAGCGUGACGAAGAAGAACGAGGUGAACAUCCUGAUGAAGAACGUUGUGGACUUGAUCUUCGGAGGGAUCACCUAUUGGGCCUUCGGGUUCGGUCUCCAAUAUGGGUCUGAUCAUGGCACGAAUCCCGUCUUCGGGGUCGGCAAUUUCCUGUUGAAUGAGGACGGACAGGAUGAAAUGGGCUUUGUCUACGCCAAGUUCAUCUUUCAGAUGUCAUUUGCGACGACGGCGACGACUAUUGUGUCCGGAGCGAUGGCCGAAAGGACCAAGUUCAGUGCAUUCUGUCUCUACUGUUUCCUCAUCAUCAUCACUUACAGCGUCCCUGCAGGUAAGCUUGUCAUUGCACCCCUAGCACCGGAGGGUAGAGAAGUGGAGGAAUGGGAUGCACAUGGCUAUGGCCUCCAUGUGGGCAGGAUGGGUGUGGGGCGAUCAUGGAUUCUUGAGGGCGAUGGGGUUCGUGGAUUUCGCUGGGUCGAGUGUCGUUCACCUUCUCGGUGGGGUUGGGUUGGGUUCAACUGCGGUUCCACAUUCGGAAUCAGAGGGGAGAAGUGGCAUUACGCGGGCCGAGCAGCCAUCUCCACAGUGAAUGCCUCCAUCGGCGGUGGAGUCGCAGGACUCAUUUACACGUACAUUCGGAAGAAAGGGAUUGUGAACUUGGAGGAUGUGAUCAAUGCCAUCUUGGGCUCGGUUGUCGCCGUCACUGCUGGCUGCGCUUUCUACGAGCCGUGGGAGUCACUAACGGUGGGUUUCCUGAGCGGCCUGGCGGUUCUCCUCGUUUUCCCCCUCUACGACAAGCUUCGAAUCGACGAUCCCGUCGGAGCCUUCGCCGUCCACGGGAUCGGUGGACUGUCUGGGACGCUGUGCGUUGGGAUUUUCAUGAAACGGGACACUCUCUUGAAGCUGGUUAAAUAUAAUGGCCUCAUUCACGGCGGUGGUUUUUAUCUGUUGGGGAUUCAGGCUCUGGGUGUCCUCAGCAUUAUUUUCUGGAGUGCAAUCACCACCUUCAUCUUCCUGAAGGCGGUGAAUCUGGUGAUUCCGAUCCGAAUGAAGCCUUACGAAGAAAUCCUGGGUGCGGACUUCGUGGAGCACAACAUCCGACACGCAGGGAUCGACUACGACGGGAUGAUGAAGGCAUUGGAAUCACGGGGACAUGUCAUCAAAGAGCCUUGGUGCCACUCCAUCCAUCCCGAACUUCAGCGCCAAGCGGCAAUGAGGGAAUGGUUCAUGAACCUUAAGACGACAGGGCGGAUCUCCUCUGCGACCGGGGAAGUGAAACCCUCCGGCGGGAGCAAUAGAGAGGAAUGGAAGGAUGAGAUGGGAAAAUUUUUCAACGUGGAAUGGAGCGCCCUUCGCAGCACUUCCUAA